AUGCGGAUCCCUGUCUGCAGCCCCGAGCGCGCCUUCCAGUCCUGGGACACGGCCAACAAGGACUCGAGCCCGAACUGGCCCUGCGAUAUCCCGCCGGGCAAGGACGAGUGCGGGGACUCGACCUUUGUGGACCAGACUAGCGACGAAUCGCCGAAGGUUGAGGACUGCCGCCAGAUUAUCAAGAACAUCGAGGGCGAUGGCAGCACCGACUGGACCACCCAGGUUAUCGGCCAUAACCAGCGCAAGAUUGCCAGUCAUGCAAGCUGUCAUUUCGGUGUCGAGGCUACCAAGACUAACGGCAACGUCAACUUCAAGGUCGGCGGGCAGGAUGUCAUCGAUAUCAUCAACGACGCUAUUGCUCGGUUUGCUAGGGACGGGCUGAUCGGUGCAAAGGGUCAUAUGAAUUGCAACGGUAAUAUAAAGAGCCAGCCGGUUCUGUGGGGGAUCUACUAG